AUGGGGCGCUACAGCGGGAAGACUUGUCGCUUGAUUUUUAUGCUUGUAAUGACGGUAAUAUUUUUUGUCGCCGAAAUAGUGGCAGGAUACAUGGGGAACUCCAUCGCCCUGGUGUCGGACUCCUUCAACAUGUUGUCGGAUAUCAUAUCACUUUGUGUUGGCCUGACAGCCGCUCGCGUGUCUCGUCAAGCCGGCUCAGGGCGUUGCACGUAUGGGUUGUCUCGCGCAGAGGUUGUUGGCGCACUAGCGAACACUGUGUUUCUGGCCGCCCUUUGCUUUUCGAUCUCAGUGGAGGCUUUGAAGCGACUGGCCCGACCGGAGGCCAUCGAUGAUCCCGAACUGGUGCUUAUAGUGGGCGCGCUGGGUCUAGCGGUCAACCUAGUCGGGCUCUUAAUCUUUCAGGACUGCCGGAACCUUUGUUGGAUGCGGGGUGGGGGAGCGUCCAAAAGACCCCAGCUGCAGAGCAAUGAAAAGAGGAGCAUGAAUGAUGAAACAGGUGCAUCUAUAGAAGAAGACGGACCAAAGAAUGAGGGACAGCCCCUGAACAUACGAGGCGUUCUUCUCCAUGUGUUGAAUGAUGCUCUGGGCUCUGUUGUGGUGGUUGUUGCCUCCACCAUUUUUUACCUGCGGCCUCUGGGACCCGAGGCCCCCUGUAACUGGCAAUGUUACAUUGAUCCAAGCCUCACUCUUCUCAUGGUGGUUAUAAUCAUGUCCUCGGCCAUGCCGCUGGUGAAGGAAACCGCCGGAAUCCUGCUCCAGAUGAGCCCACAGGACCUGCAGCUGGACGCUACAUUGGAGAACUUGUCUAGGAUCCCAGGCGUCCACAGUAUCCAUGAGGUCCAUGUGUGGGAGCUGGCGAAGGGUCGAAAUGUGGCCACUCUGCACGUGAGGUGCUCCUCAGACUCCCGUUCUCUUCACUCAGAGGUCCUCCACUGGAAAAUUCAAGAGGUCCUCCACCAGGUGGGGGUGCACAGUGUGACUUGUCAGCUGGAGUACGGGGAGAGCGUGGGCGAGGACGAGCCCUGCAGCUUCCCCUGUGUGUCGUUGUCCUGUCAGAAGCUCCGAUGCUGCGUGUCAGGUCCACCCUCCCGCCAGCCUGUCUGGAACGGACAUGCACCCACCCCCACUGGGCAGGUGAUGGUGGACAUAGUGGACACACCCCAGGACAGGGGGGUCUUUUUGGGAGAAAGAGAGACAGAGGGUGAGGCGGUGAGACGAAUGAAGAGUACUAAGCUGUAA